AUGUUCUCUCCCAGUGUCUCAGUCGCGGCUUUCUUCACCUCUGCAUGGAUUGUUUGGCGAUUCUAUCGACUCUUCUCCCAACGGUCAGCACUUGCCAAUAUCCCAGGGCCACCAGGAAAAUCACUUUGGAAUGGUGUUCUACCCCAAGUUUUCAAUGUCGACGCUUGGGAUUUUCAUAAGGAAAUAGCCGAAAAAUACGGUGGGGUCAUCAAGUUAACGGCGGGCUUGUUCGGCAGAACUCAACUCUAUGUCUUCGAUCCCAAGGCCAUGUAUCACAUAAUUGUCAAGGAUCAAUCCUCCUAUGAAGUCGAGACAAGCUUCCUCGAAUAUAGCAAAUUAAUGUUCGGAAACGGUCUUCUUGGAGCAGUCGGGGAGCAACACAAAAGACAAAGGAAGAUGCUGAAUCCCAUAUUCUCGAUCGGUCAUAUGCGUCAGAUGGUUCCUACAUUCUACAGCGUUGCGCACCAGCUACGGGAGGCGCUUCUGAAGAAGGUCGAGAGUGGUCCACAAGAGAUUGAGCUCGUAUCUUUGAUGACAGGAACGGCUCUUGAGCUGAUCGGCCAAAGUGGAUUGGGCUUCACAUUCAAUUCCUUCACUAGCAACCCUCAUCCUUACAGUCUGGCUGCAAAGCAAAUCGUUCCCGUCAGCUUCAACUUGUUAUUAUCCCGGAUGUAUUUCCUCCCUACACUUAUCAAGUUUGGGUUGAGACGCUUUUUCGUUGACCUUGCCCCAUGGAAGAAUCUUCACCUCCUUCGAGACAUUGCGGAUGUCCUCCAUAAAACAUCGGUCGAAAUCAUUGAAUCCAAGAAGAAGGCGCUAGCUGAGGGCAACGGAGCAAUCGGACAGGAGAGGGAUGUCAUCAGCAUCCUCUUACGAGCGAACAUGUCUGCUGAGGAGGGCGACAGUCUUUCCGAAGACGAGCUGUUAGGCCAGGUAACAACAUUGACCUUUGCGGCAAUGGAUACGACUUCCUCUGCAAUGUCGCGCACCCUGUGGCUUCUCGCCAAAAACCAGGACGUCCAGGAUAGGCUCAGGGCUGAGAUCCGAGAGGCACGACAGCAAGGCGAUGUGUCUUAUGAUGACCUGGUUGAUCUUCCCUACCUCGAUGCCGUAUGCCGCGAAACUCUGCGAUUGUACCCACCCUUCCCCUACGUCGGCAGAACCACCAUGCAAGACGCCGUUCUCCCUCUUUCGAACCCUGUCAAGGGGCUGGAUGGACGCGAGAUAAGCGAGAUUCUUGUCCCCAGACACACGGAAAUCGUCGUCAGCAUUAUAGCUUCGAACAUGAACUCGGAGAUCUGGGGCCCAGAUUCCUAUGAAUGGAAGCCAGAGAGGUGGCUUACGCAGAUGCCCGACGCUCUUAGUGAGGCACACAUUCCAGGCGUAUAUUCACACCUCAUGACCUUCCUUGGAGGCGGAAGAUCUUGCAUUGGCUUCAAGUUUUCUCAGCUUGAAAUGAAGGUCGUGAUAUCACUCUUGGUAUCGACGUUCAAGUUCUCCCUAUCGAACAAGGAGGUAGUGUGGCACAUGAACGAAAUGAUCACCCCCACUACCGUAGGAAGCGAGACACCGACUCCUGAGAUGCCUCUGCUCGUCGAACUUGCGGCGUAA